AUGCUGGAUCGGGGAAGGAAUGGGAAAGCCCCGGGAAAAGCGGCGGAGCUUCGCCCCCAACCGGGCACUAACGCCGGGGCUUCAGCAUCAGAGCCGCCGCUGAGCAAACACCAACACCCCCCACCCCUCCCCGCGCCCCCUCCUCUAAAGCAACCCCAGCAAGUUCCCGCAAGCCCGCCCCCGCCGCGGGCACUCACGGUCAGUGCAUGGCAGGAGGCUCCUUGGCGUCGGAACUGUUGCUUCUUGUUAAAGCCGCAGAAGCAUGAUCCGGCAGUUCGCAGUACCCGCUCUCAUCCUCUCCAACUCCUCUCUGCUUUAAGGCUCCACUCAGCUGAAAUUCGAUUUCCACGGUUGCCACAGCUGAAGAGGUCUUUGGAAUUGGCGAGCUCAGCAGCAGAGUCCAAUCCUGAUACAAACCUUGCACUCCCUCAGAUCUGCACCUUGUCAUCUCUACACUGUUUGAGUCAACAGGGUGCCCUUGUUGCCAAGAAGGCCAAUGGCAUUUUGGGAUAUAUACGUAGGGGCAUUGCCAGCAGAUCGAGGGACGUGAUCGUUCCCCUCUAUUCGACAUUGGUGAGGCCUCAUCUGGAGUACUGUGUCCAGUUUUGGGCCCCACACUACAAGAAGGAUGUGGAAAAAUUGGAAAGAGUCCAGCGGAGGGCAACAAAAAUGAUUAGGGGACUGGAACACAUGAGUCAUGAGGAGAGGCUGAGGGAACUGGGGAUGUUUAGUCUGCGGAAGAGAAGAAUGAGGGAGGAUUUGAUAGCUGCUUUCAACUACCUGAAAGGGGGUUCCAAAGGGGAUGGCUCUAGACUGUUCUUAGUGGUAGCAGAUGACAGAACGAGGAGUAAUGGUCUCAAGUUGCAGUGGGGGAGAUUUAGGUUGGAUAUUAGGAAAAACUUUUUCACUAGGAGGGUGGUGAAACACUGGAAUGCGUUACCUAGGGAGGUGGUGGAAUCUCCUUCCUUAGAAGUUUUUAAGGUCAGGCUUGACAAGGCCCUGGCUGGGAUGAUUUAGUUGGGGAUUGGUCCUGCUUUGAGCAGAGGGUUGGACUAAAUGACUUCCUGAGGUCUCUUCCAACCCUGAUAUUCUAUGAUUCUACCUGUCUCUCCACACUCGCUCUUCUAAUGUCCAUCCACCCACAACCCUUUCCCUAGCCAUUCCCCUCUUGCCCCCCACCCACACACUGCCAUGAACCAUCACAGUAAGGGUUACUGUAUUUCACUGCACAUAUUUUGGUCUCUGGUUGUAUACUUAUGAUGUAAAGAAGCCACUUAUUGCUUGAAGCCAUGGACCGUAGUAAAAAUUUGAACCAAUAUUUACCGUUACAUUAGCUUUGUUGUAACAGCCUGGUCAAGAACAUCUGUUGCUUGACAAUAGCAGGAACAAGGGAGUCCUCCUCAGAAAACACUCACACCACUAGGAAAUGUGCCUCUCUACUUCCUUCAGAAUGUGUAUCCUCCUCCAGACACAUACACUGUGUUCAGACACUAUCGGUGACCAUAAGGGAAGUGAAAGGCAGAGCAAUUCUGAGAGGUAUGAAAUAAGAAGAUGAAAAAACAUAAAAAAAUCCCUUGCUUGUGACCUUCUAAAUGUCAGUCCCUUGUCUUUCAGUGAGACCAUGUAUACAUUAUGCACAGGAAAUGUUAAAAGCAAAUUCUGCUACGAGCAACCCUCCCCCUGCCUCCACCUCCUGUCUUCUUGAUUUAGAUAAAAUAAAACUUUGUUUCCUCCUCCAAAUCAAGUCAAAUACAAGAUUUGGAGGUUCUGACACCAUAAGCAAAAGAGACCAUCUACCUGGUAGUUGGGUGCCUCGAGACCAAUAGAAAAAUGGAGUGUAAGUGAGAUUCCAAUAGGUUCAGCUUUUUACUUGUGUAGUGUCAUAUAGAAGCAAAUAGAGACACACACCAGUAUGCGCUGAGUGUUUUUGUAACAGCAGAGCUCCCACAACCUGCUCCAUGCAAAGUUUUCCUGGGCUAAACUAAACUCCAGCAGUCCUGGGGUUCUCUUGUUACAAUCAGGAAGUCUUAAAGGAACACUUCAUUACAGCUUGCUACAGUAGGACCUUGCCAGGUAGGACUGGAGAAACUGAAGAUCUACUUAACAAACCUCUCGUCCAUCACUCACAGCAGCUCACUCAGAGAUAUGGGGGAAAGGAGACUACCCCGAACAUCUCAACUAGAUUGAAUCCAGCAACAGCAACCUGUGCCUGCACCUGACAAUAAUACGUUUCCACCUGUUGUGGAUAAGCCAUAUGUAAGACCAACGGGCCCUGCAAAGGUCAUCUCAAUCUCCAAGUCUUUAAUUAUCAAUCACAGAAAUGCUAGAUAUUAUAGCAAUGGGUACCAAUUUAAGAGCCUAGUCAUCAGGCUUUGAGGCUGCCUACCCAUAAAAGAAGAAAACUCAGCCAGGGCUAUCCUCAGGUUUUGGGACUCUCUCUGCAAAGGAGUUACCCCCUAUAUUCCAAGAGUUGCCUUUUUUCCUUCUACUGUUUCCCACCCCUGAAAAAUCCAUUGCAUGCUAACCCCUCUCUCCACCUUCUGCAAUUUACUUAUGUUUAAAACAUAAUCCUCACCUUAUCGAGUAACAUGUUUAUUAGAAAAGAACCAGCACAUUAAAUGAAGCCAGGCUGGGUUUGUCAUGUUAAAUAGCAGUCAUGCCCAAGUGGCUCUCCGUGUGCCAUUGCUCCAAGUGAUUGAAGCAAUUUCUUCUUCUUCUGCCAUGAGCUUAAGUUGUAAAUCUCUCAACCAGAUACAAAGGCAAUGAUGUGCUGUCUGUUGUGAUUAUUAUUAACCAUCCUUCUCAUAUGACUAGGUGGAAAUAAUUAAUUCCCUCCCACUGGCCCAGCCCUGUUACCUUGCAAAUCCCUGCACUCAGGGCAGGCAGCUGUGUUCCUUCCACUAGCCAGAAUUAACCACUUCUUUGCUAGCCUCCGAAAAGAUUCUACACACUGUCACAUACAGGGAUAAGCGACCCUGAUAGUAAAAAGUUGAAUCAGUUUCACUGUAAAACCUUGAAUGCUGCUGAGUUAAAACCUAGGCUGGAUAGGGGGCUGGGUGGGAGCAGGAAUUCUCUAAAGGAGGGCCAGUGGUUUGUCCCUUACAAUCAUGGAGGCUUUCAUGUAGCAUGGAGAGCUGUUCAUUUGUUGCUGCUGAGGGACUAUUGGGAUAGUGGUUUAAAAUGUCAUCAGCUGAGCUUUAGGGAAGGAAUAGAGGCUAUUUUGAGUUAAAUACUAAAAUCUAAGGCUUUUGGCAUCAUUUUAUAAUGAUGGUCUAAAAAUCACAAAACUAUGACCAGACCCGGCCUUUGUGCACAAUUUACCUUUAUAGUUCUAGGCCCUGAUUCUGCAAACUUGUCACCAAGGGCUUAGAACUCUUCCUGUCACAGAUGUCAUAUUGUUGGUAUUUAUGCAAAGUUCUUACUGUACGUGUGCUAGGUUUGCUCUGAGAUUUGAGCAUAAUUCACUGCU